AUGGCUAGUCCUCCCGUUCUAGCUUUCGAUGCCGAGGGCCGUCCGGUGAAGUUCGAAACCUGGCUAGAUGACCUACACCUGUUCCUACAGCUCACUGCCAAGGAAGAUAUCUCACUGUACGACCACGCCCUAGGCCAUGCCACUGCCCCUGACUCGACUGCUGACAGCACUCUGCGUUCCCAGUGGCAGACCCGUGAUGCGCAUGCUCGCUUUGCUAUUCGCAACUCCCUGCCGCUAGACGAGCGCGAGCACUUCGGGCAGUGCAAGACUGCUAAGGACCUCUACACCGCUGUAGUUGCCCGCUACUCCUCACCCGCUUCUGCCACGCUAGGCCGCCUCACUCUCCCCUACCUGUUCCCCGACCUAGCCUCCUUUCACACUGUCGCAGACCUCAUCACCCACCUUAAGACUAGUGAGGCCCGCUUUCGCGCUGCUAUGCCUGCCGAGUUUCUCACUAGCAACCCCCCCCCACUCUGGAUCACUCUCUACCACAUCGUCACCCGCCUCCCUGACUCUCUGCGCGCAGUCAGGGACCACUUCCUCUCUCGCUCCCCCACUGAGCUCACUGUUGCCCUCCUCGAGAAGGAACUGCUUGCAGCUGAGGCGAGCAUCGUCGCUGUAGGCACCUCUCGUGGCGACCCCCGCACCCCGUUCUUUGAGGGGUGUUCCCCUUCCCCCCUCCUCCCCUCUGUCACCUCUGCUGCUGCUGUCGACCUUCUUGGUGCUGAGAAGGUCGGGACCGCGUCUGCUUCGAGCGGGCGCCGCAGGAACAAGGGGGGCAGGGGUGGGGGUGGUGGCGGAGGAGGUGGGGGUGGAGGCGGUGGGAGUGGAGGCGCGGCUGGGGAGACUAGUGGCGGCAGUGGGGGAGGAGACAGCAGCGGUGGGAGUGGUGGUGGAGGCGGCAGCGGAGGCGGAGGUGGUCGUGGCGGCGGCAGGGGUGGAGGUGGCCGGGGCGGCGGCGGUGGGGGUGGUGGUCGUGGAGGCACUGGCGGAGGGCAGAGUCAGCAGCCCGCCCCGACGCUUCAGGCCGCCCGUGAGUGGUAUGCGCAGCGUAGCGUUAUCUGCACGUACGUCAUUCGCACAGGUGACCGCAGCGGCCAGCAGUGUGGGAGGCCGCACCCCACACAGCGCUGCUUCGCGCGCCUUAACGACGCGUGGCGCACUCAGUUUCCUGCUGCCACUGAGCUGCCGCGCUGGGCUGAUCUGGAAAAGAGGGGUGUUGAUAUUUGGGCUUUAGACUUUGAUGCUAUUCUCACUGCCAUGUAUGCCAUGUCUAUUAGUGGAGAGGGUGCUCAGUACUUGCGUGUUCCGCCCGACCCGGGCAUUCAGGCCAGUCCGGCUGCCGCUCUAGGUGCUAGUGCGUCUGCUCCCACAGGUCCUGGUGAGGCUGCUGCCCUAGGUGCUCGUGCGUCCGUGCCCCCUGGUACUGAGUCGACUGCAGCACUGCACACCUUCACACUGGACUCAGGUGCUUCUCGCUCCUUCUUUCGUGACCGCACUGUCCUUGAGCCACUAGCUCGGCCAGUUGCUGUCUCCCUUGCUGACCCCUCUGGGGGUCCGGUCAUUGCGACCUCCUCCACUGUCCUUCCUUGUCCGGCGGUCCCGUCCGGCACGCUGUCAGGUCUCUACCUCCCCUCGUUCUCUACGAACUUGGUGGCAGGUAGUGCGCUCCAGGACGGGGGUGUUCACCAGUUCACCCCUGCCUACGAGCGCGUGACACACUGCACGUGUGCUCGGACGGGUCGCCACCUGGCUACCUUCACUCGGGAGCCGGGGUCGGACCUUUACACACUGACCACUGAGUCCCCUCAGGUAGCUGCGUCCGCGUCUGCGUCUGCGUCAGGUCAGCUGUCCGCCCCCUGCUCGUGUCGCUCUCUGGCGCAUGAGACUGUCCUUUGGCACCACCGCCUUGGUCACCCGUCUGUGCAGCGCCUUCGGGCCAUGCACAAACGGGACCUUGUUGCUGGUCUUCCCAGGGUGCUCCCUCCCCUUCCCGACUCGCCUGCUCCUCCCUGUAUUCCCUGUGUCGAGGGACGGCAGCGCGCCGCUCCUCACUCCUCCUCCUUUCCCCCGACGACUGCUCCCUUGCAGACGCUCCACAUGGACGUGUGGGGCCCAGCCCGCGUCCGUGGUCAGGGUCAGGAGAGGUACUUCCUGAUUGUUGUUGACGACUUCUCGCGCUACACCACGGUCUUCCCCUUGCGCGCCAAGGGUGACGUCCCUGAUGUCUUGAUCCCUUGGAUCCGCAGAUCUCGUCUCCAGCUCCGUGAGCGUUUCCGCUCCGACUUCCCUGUCCUGCGUCUGCACUCUGACAGAGGUGGGGAGUUUUCCUCUGGCCUAUUGGAGGCCUUCUGUCAGCAGGAGGGCAUUGAGCAGUCGUACACGCUUCCGGCCUCUCCACAGCAGAAUGGGGUUGCUGAGCGCCGCAUUGGUCUGGUCAUGGAGGUCGCUCGUACCUCCUUGAGCCAUGCGGCUGCCCCCCAUUUUCUGUGGCCGUUUGCAGUCCGAUACGCUGCGCAUCAGCUCAACCUCUGGCCCCGUGUCUCCUUGCCCGAGACUUCUCCGACACUGCGUUGGACGGGAGAGGCUGGCGAUGCGUCGUGUUUUCGGGUCUGGGGAUCCCGAGCUUUUGUCCGCGACACGUCCGCGGACAAGCUCUCCCGUCGCGCUGUCCCCUGCGUCUUCCUUGGCUUUGUCCCGGACGCCCCUGGCUGGCAGUUCUACCACCCCACCUCGCGUCGUGUCCUGGCCUCUCAGGACGUCACUUUUGACGAGUCCGUCCCCUACUACCGCCUCUUCCCCUACCGCACUGCCCCGCUCCCCCCCCCGCCUCUCUUCCUCGCUCCAGGUGCUGAGGUACCAGACCCCCUCCCCCCUCAGGGUGCCGCUCCCUCAGGUGUGUCCCAGGUAGACCCGGGUGAGCCUGUCGAGGUAGCUGUUGACUCUCGUCCUGCUAGGGGUGCUGAGCCUGGGGGUGCUGCGUCUGGGGGUGCUGAGCCUGGGGGUGCUGCGUCUGGGGGUGCUGAGCCUGGGAGUGCUGAGUCUGGGGGUGCGGAGCCUGGGGGUGCUGAGCCAGGAGGUGCGGAGCCUGGAGGUGCGGAGCCUGGAGGUGCUGAGCCUGGGGGUGCUGAAGGUGCUGCUGGAGCUCGUCCCGGUACUUCCCCUCCUACCCAGGAGCUCCCCCCCAUUCAGCAGAUCCGCGAGUGGUACACACGGCGCUGCAGUCUUCGGAGUGGUGCUCCUGGUGCUGCGGACCCUGGGGGUGGAGCUGCUGCUGGUGCUGAGGACUCGGACGUUGGAGCUGCUGCUGGAGCUGAGGACCCGGGCGGUGGCGCUGCUGCUGGUGCUGAGGACCCGGACGGUGGAGCUGCUGCUGGUGCUGAGGACUCGGACGGUGGAGCUGCUGCUGGAGCUGAGGACCCGAGCGGUGGCACUGCUGCUGCUGCUGAGGACCCGGGCGUUGGAGCUCCUACUGGAGGUCUUACAGAGCGUCGUGAGCCUGAGUCUCGUCCUGCGUCGCCUGUUCGUCGUGCUCGCACUGGUAGUCGUGUCCGUCGUGAGCGUCCUCCUCCUGUCCCAGGCACUCACUACAUGACUCUGCGUCCCUCUACUGCUCCUCAGCGUGUCCCUCUACCGUCUCCUCCUGCUUCCUCUUUGCCUGACGUUCCGGACCCUGAGUCUGACCGGUAUCGUGCUGAGCACCCCACUGUCACGCGUUUCCUUGCUACUGUUGUCACUGACCCUACCUUUGAGUCCUCUGCUGCGUCUGCUCUGGUCGCUGAGUUGGUUGACUUUGCUGCUGCCUGUCGUCUAGACUACGCUGCUAGCCUUGUUGCUGAGUUUGAGUCUGAGUCUGUCUAUCCUCCGUCCGUCGGGGGUGAGUGUGCUCUUGGCACGGACGUCCUUGAGGACAGACAGGAGGAGUUCCAGUGUCUUGCUGCUGCUUUGCCCCGUCUCGUGUCCUUGCUAGUUGCCCCUGAGGGAGACCCGGAUGCACCAGACAUCCCGACCCCGCGCACUUACGCUGAGGCGAUGGCGGGUCCCUACUCCUCUCAGUGGCAGACAGCCAUGGACGCCGAGAUGGCUUCCUGGAAGUCCACACGCACCUACGUCGACGAGGUUCCCCCUCCUGGGGCGAACAUCGUCAGUGGCAUGUGGAUUUUCAGGGUGAAGCGGCCGCCGGGUUCUCCGCCUGUCUUCAAGGCGCGUUACGUGGCUCGAGGCUUCAGUCAGCGAGAGGGAGUUGACUUCUUCCAGACCUUCUCCCCCACCCCGAAGAUGACCACUCUUCGGGUGCUGCUGCACAUAGCCGCUCAGCGCGACUACGAGCUUCACUCACUUGACUUCAGCACUGCUUUCUUGCAGGGCAGCCUGCACGAGGAGAUCUGGCUGCGCCGCCCACCUGGCUUCACUGGGUCGUUUCCUCCUGGUACCCAGUGGAGGCUUCAGCGGCCGGUCUACGGUCUCCGCCAGGCUCCGCGUGAGUGGCACGACACACUGAGGACUACACUUGCGGCUCUUGGGUUCGCGCCUUCUACAGCUGACCCGUCGCUGUUCCUGCGCACCGACACUUCGCUGCCGCCGUUCUACAUCCUCGUGUACGUCGACGACUUGGUCUUUGCCACUGCUGACACUGCAGGACUCACCUACGUGAAGUCGGAGCUGCAGAGGAGACACACGUGCACAGACCUGGGUGAGCUGACAAGCUAUCUUGGCUUGCGGAUCACCCGGGACAGAGCACGGCGCACCAUCACCCUGACUCAGUCACACAUGGUGCAGCAGGUUCUCCAGCGCUUCCGCUUCACGUACUCCUCGCCUCAGUCCACUCCUCUGCCUACCGGUCACUCGCUCUCAGCUCUGCCUUCGGAUGAGUCCGUAGAGCCGAGUGGCCCGUAUCCAGAGCUUGUGGGCUGCCUCAUGUACCUGAUGACCUGCACUCGACCUGACCUUGCAUACCCUCUUAGCAUCCUUGCACGCUAUGUCGCUCCUGGCCGUCACAGGAAGGAGCACAUGGAUGCCGCUAAGAGGGUGUUGCGCUACUUGUGCAGUACGUCGGGCAUGGGGCUUGUGCUUGGAGGGCGAGACCGAGUUGUUCUCACAGGGCACUCAGACGCUUCUUGGGCAGACGACCAGGCCACUCAGCGGUCGUCUCAGGGUUACACCUUCAGCCUUGGCUCUGGCUCAGUUUCUUGGCGCUCUACGCGCUCUUCUUCUGUUCUCGGCUCCAGUUGUGAGGCUGAGAUCUACGCCACAGCCAUGGCUGCCCAGGAGCUACACUGGCUGACCUACCUGCUGACCGACCUCGGAGAGCGGCCUCGUUCUCCUCCAGUGCUGUACGUCGACAACAAGGCUGCCAUUGCCUUGUGUGAGGAGCACAGACUGGAGCACAGAACGAAGCACAUCGCCCUGCGGUACUUCCUUGCUCGAGAGUUGCAGCAGCGUGGUCAGCUUUGUAUUCGCUACGUGGCCACUGAGGCCAACACUGCUGAUGUGUUCACCAAGGCGCUUCAGCCUCGUGACCAUCAGCGCUUCUGCACUCUACUAGGCCUUGUGCCUACUGGACCUCACUUGCUUACCUCUUGA